AUGAUGACUCUUCAUUUAAUCUUUAGUUUCAUGCUCCUCACAACGCUUGCAGUCAGCUCACCACUAUCUGUACCCCCAUACUUCCAACCAUACCAUCUCACUCGCCGCGAAGUACCAGUCUUCCAAAUCCAACAAGAGCUAGGCGCACUACUCUCUGAAAACUCUCUUAUUCUUCUCCCAAGUAAUCCUCUUUGGCUGAAUACAACGAAAAGAUGGAAUACUAUGGCACCUCCAGAUAUCAAAGUGGUGGUCCAGCCUGCAAACGAAGUUGACAUUCCCAAAAUCGUUAGUGCAUGGUGUACGACUAUUAACUUUCUCGUUGUUAAUCGCGGACAUGGGCUUACUAAAUCGCUUGGUGCGUUCAAGGGAAUGCAGAUUGACAUGAAACAACUCAGGUCCAUGAACAUUACUCGAGAUGGAAAGUCUGCUUGGUUUCAGGGCGGUGCAUAUGCAUAUGAGGUCAUACCAUUCUUAUGGGAUCGCGGCUAUGUCACGAGUACCGGCUCGAAUCAAUGCGUCGGCCUCACGGGCCCUGCUUUGGGUGGAGGCCACGGUCGAUACGAGGGCCUUUACGGCCUAGCUGGCGACAACAUCGUUGAGAUGAAGGUUGUUCUAGCAGAUGGAUCGAGUAUUACGGUCAGCGACAAGAGCAAUAAAGAUCUGUUCUGGGCGAUGCGAGGCGCAGGGCACAAUUUUGGUAUUGUUACAAACCUGAAGUUCAAGAUCUACCCCGCCAAGAUAAAGACCUGGCACUACCAUAAUUACUACUGGCGUCAGGAUAAGCUCGAAAGGGUUUUUAGGGAACUGAAUAAGCUUCAAGAUGAUGGGAGGACGCCCCCCCUGCUGGGCGUGGUUUUUGGACAGAUCUAUAUAGACCCAUCCAUCCGACGUGACGAGGCCAUCCUCUGGUUCACAUUUGCCUAUGCUGGCCCAGCCUCUGAGGCAGAAAGACUCCUGCGCCCUUUCAACGCCAUCGAUGCCAUCAAGGAUGAAAUGGGCGACGUCCCGUAUCCCGAGAUUCCCGUGCGCCAAAACACAGACCUAUCUAAUUGCAUUUCUGCUCCCUUCUCUUUGGCCAGCGUCAUGCUGCAGACUUGGAACAUCACGACAGAACGAGCGCUCUACAAUCAUUUCAUGCGCAAUGUCGCAUUAUACCCAGACUUAGCGGUGACUGCUCGCUUAUACUAUGAAGGAUAUGCCCAUCGAGGAGUGCAGGCCGUUGAUUCUGCGUCCACCGCUUAUUCUCAUCGUGAUGAGUAUCAUAUAGCAUUUUUCGCGACCGUGGUCCCUGAGGGGUCCGAUUUAUUGGGUCCCGCCGAGAAAUGGGCUCGAGAAGCUCGUGAUAUGUGGUAUGCGGGAGCUCCUACGCGUAAACCGGCGACGUAUGUCAACUACGCUUCUGGGAACAAAUACGAGAGCCUCCAGUCAAUCUAUGGCUACGAGUCGUGGCGCUUGGCCAGGCUUCGAAAGCUGAAGGCUAAAUAUGACCCGCACAAUCGGUUCCGUUUCUAUGUUCCGAUUCUGUCGGAUUAA